UUGAACGCAGCAUACAUUGCACCCCUCAACAAAAUGGAGCGAGUUUACUAAUUGUCGUCGUGACGUCAUGUGCAAUCGAUCAGAUCAGUCUUGGACAAGGCCGGGGGUGGUGCAGUUAAAUAUAUGGCUUUUGCAAUAAUGUAUCCCUUUUAGUUGUGUCUAGCUAUGUAUGUUAACACUGACAAAUCGUUGUGGCUUCGGUUGAAAUUUAUUUAGGCCUAGCUCUACCUUUUCCUGCUCAAGUCACAUGAUUGACUACACCGACCGUGCAGCAGGAGGACUUCGUGGGAUCUGUCUGGCUAGUCGCUACGAAACGGGGAUAUUGGCUAGCAGAAGGGUUUGCUUCUCUCUCUCAAGAUAUUAUUGAGUCAUAAAACUUCCACGAGACCGAGGACAGAGGGAUUUAGAAUUUUUUCAAGUGGAACACAAACAGGCCUGUCCUUAAAGCUGUUUGUCUGUCAAUGUCAGGGUAGCAGCCACAUUGAAUGAGGUUUCAGCCUCACAUGGGGAAGAUGGACAGAUCAUAACAAGACAUUACUUCAAAGGUGCAGAUUGAUUUCGUAAUGACAAGCUGCUGUGCAGAAGAUGUCCACACUGUCUGCGACUGAUAUCACAGAUGUUGGUCAUGGUGAGGUGUUUGACGGGGCCCCAGAGCUGCAGCUGAACUGCCUUGGCAGUGGUAACGACCGCAGCAGUGCAGAAAUGAAGCAUGAGGGCAACCUCCUCCCCCUGGAACCGCCCCACCAUGCAGGGUUUCCCAGCCCCCCCCAGAAAGGGCCUUCCUCACUAGCUGAGAAGAGCAGCCCGCUGCCCAUGGAGCCCAGCGACAUCAAGGCCGACCCCGCCGGCGACAUGCCUGCCAACACAGAGGGCCAGCCGGUGAAGAGGAAGAAGGGUCCAGCCCCCAAGAUGCUGGGGAACGAGGUGUGCAGCGUGUGCGGGGACAAGGCUUCGGGCUUCCACUACAACGUGCUGAGCUGCGAGGGCUGCAAGGGCUUCUUCCGCCGCAGUGUCAUAAAGAGCGCCCAGUACUCGUGCAAGAACAACGGCCGCUGUGAGAUGGAUAUGUACAUGCGCCGCAAGUGCCAGCAGUGCCGGCUGCGCAAAUGCCGUGAGGCGGGCAUGCUGGAGCAAUGUGUUCUCUCAGAGGAGCAGAUCCGAGGGAAGAAGAUGAAGAAGAACGAGGAAGAGACUGCUCGCACGUCUGCCGUGGUGACCCCCACCCCGGUGCCGGAGGUGGUCCCGCUGGCGCCCGAGCAGCUGGAGAUGAUCGAGAAGCUGGUGUCCAUGCAGAAGCAGUGCAACAAGCGCUCGUUCAUCGACCGGCCCAAAGUCACGGUGAUUCCGUGGCCCCAGAGUCAGGACCCUCAGAACAGGGAGGUGCGACAGCAGCGUUUUGCCCACUUCACCGAGCUGGCCAUCAUGUCGGUCCAGGAGAUAGUAGACUUUGCCAAGCAGCUGCCUGGCUUCCUGGAGCUCACCAGAGAGGACCAGAUUGCCCUGCUGAAGACCUCAACCAUUGAGAUCAUGCUGCUGGAGACAUCGCGGAGAUAUAACCCUGCCAUUGAGAGCAUCACGUUCCUGAAGGACUUCAGUUAUAACAAGGAGGAUUUUGCCAAAGCAGGGCUGCAGUUGGAGUUUAUCAACCCCAUCUUUGAGUUCUCCAAGGGCAUGAACGACCUGCACCUGGACGAGGCGGAGUACGCUCUGCUCAUCGCCAUCAACAUCUUCUCUGCAGGUCAGAGGUCAAGUGACCGGCCCAAUGUGCAAGACCAUGAACUGGUGGAGCGACUGCAGCAGCCGUACGUGGACGCACUACGUUCUUACAUCAUGAUAAAGAGACCAAACGAUCACCUGAUGUUUCCACGCAUGCUCAUGAAGCUGGUCAGCCUCCGCACCCUCAGCAGCGUCCACUCUGAGCAGGUCUUUGCCCUGCGCCUCCAGGACAAGAAGCUCCCGCCGCUGCUCUCUGAAAUCUGGGAUGUCCACGAGUGACUCCGCCGACGCCCUCGCGGAACUCUGCCGCGCUUUGCAAACCUGCGUACUGGGAUGGACAGAAACAUUAGGGCCGUCUUUCGAGUGUCGAAAAAAAGACUUGAGAAUAAAGUGAAGCCUCCCAGGCUACCCAAACACGGCGGAUCAAACCUACAGAUUGGUUGCCAGAUUGAAUCGGUUGCCAGAUUGGAGGAACUUUUUUCAUUUUUUCUAUAUCUUCUGUGCAGUUUGGCAGGAUAGUGAUGGCCCUCUGUCCUGCAGACUGGGACACUAAUCUCAUGGGGGAGGUUGGGGCAUCGAAAUGGAAUGAAUAUAAUUGGUAAUUCUAUUUCUAUGGGUUGAGGAUUGUGCAUACCUGGUUUCUUCCCCCCCCCCCGGGCUUGUGGGCUUGUGGUGAGAUUGCGCUACAAUGGUCAGUUUGGCUCAGACUUGCUAGCCAGUGUUGACCAUUAAAUCUAUUGAUAUCUGUUGAUAGUCAGUCUCGUGAUAGGCCUAUCUAUAACGACAAUUGCCAUGAAGCUUCGAGAAGGUUUUGGCAGUGGCACCCUCCUCUCAGAUCCACAUCAUGGAUGAUAACCCCAUAGUGAAAAUAAACAGAAAAAUACAUGUUAAAGCCCUGUGUUGCAAUGGGAUAGGAUACAGAGGUAUCCUAACUGCUGCCCAAUGUUAAGAAAUGUGUCUUAUUGGUGUCCACUGUCCAGAUGUAUGCUAGAAUGGUAGGUCACCUGCUUGAUAUUGUUGCGAUAGAGCAGUUUAGUAGUCAGGCAUUUGAUUUGUUCUCCUCUCGGGGAAGUAAUAGGAAAGCAAUUCUGAUUGGUGUUGAAUUGUUUAAGGUAAAGUGAUUGGAAGUGUUGGUAUAGAGAUGCGUAGUCCACCACUUUCAAGCGCAGGGCCCCCACCAACCAUUUGUAAAUGCACUCAAACAUUGAUUGACAUGUACAAAGUAUAUAUUAAGAUGACAAAAUAUAUAUAUAUAUAGUAUGCCCACAAGUGAAGACAUCCAUACAAAACGACUGUACAAUCAACACUCACUAACGCACAAGCAAGCAUUUUUUUUUUUUUAAGCAUCACUGGAUAUAUGACAGACAAGCUGAGCUCUUCUACACUGGAACAACUUCAAUGCUACACUAGGGAGUAGUAAGCUUAGGCCAGGGAUGGGCAACUUUGAUGCUGGUGGAGGCACAGAAAAACUGAACUCAUCAUGCAGUGGCUCGUGGGUCUGCGUACCCACAAUCCCCCCCACCCCCAAAUUGCACUUUGUGUAUUCUAUUAUUCUAACUCAACAGUAAGUUGAGACCCCGACUGAAAUUAGUCCGUGGGCCUACCAGUUACCCAUCCCUGGUCUAGUCAUAUGUACUGUCCCCCCCUCCCCCAAAUCAGCAUGAUUCCAGAUAUCCGAGUGGCAUCUUCAUCUAAACGUCUAAAAUGUGCUUUGCAUCCCACAAUCGUUGGGAUAGCAAAAUAAGUAAAAUUGCGCUCCUUGUGCGGGCACUGCAGUACUUUCUUCAACGGUAACAUUUCUGGGUUACACUUUAACAACUUUCAUGAAUAAACCAUUGUAAAUGUUUAUUACUGCUUAUAUACAUCUAUGAAUGUUUACUAAUAAUGAAAUACUCAAUAGUAUUACACUAUUUAUAAAUGGUUUAAUGAUUAUUUGUGAAUGUUAUAAUACUAUUACCCAUUUCUGAUUAGUAAUGAUAAGGCCAUUAAGAUUUCACUCGACUAAACUCUGUUCAUUUUUUUUCAUGAUGCUGUUUCUAUCACAGUCCUUUGUAUGAUGAAGACUUCGCUAAUGUGGCACUUUUAUUAAACAAACGUUCAGAAGGAAUUAGAGAAGGAAAGUGCUUUUUCAUUUCUGAUUGACAGACAGUUUUGUCCAUUCCUGACCCCACUUUACAACUCAAAUCAGUGUGAAAUAGAGAGGAGAGUUGAGGACUCUUCAAGACAAAAUGGGGAGGUUAUCAUAACAGUUGCACAAUAUGUCAAAGUAGCACAGAGACAAGGGAGUACGCUAUAUGGAACAAUUACUAGAUGGAGCUUUCAGUUAAGAGAAGAAAAGCAAUGGAAUUAUGUAACAAAUACGAUCAUGUGUUAUUAGGGUUGGCGGUAUCCUAUUUGUAGUUUGAUGUCAACCAUCAGGUUAUUAUGGCUAUUUGUUUUAUUUAGUUGGGUUGAUAUUGAGACUGUGAUUGUGUUUGAUGGAGCUGACUCAACCUGAAUAUGGUUCUUCUACACUUCCCUGGGCAUGCGUGUGUGGAGCCAUCUAUUUUCAAUUACUCUUGAGACCCAAAUGGCAAAACUAUACAAUCUCGGUUUAACUAUUUUUCCCUUCAAUAUGUAACUCAUACCAGCGAAUGAUUGUCUGCAUUAAAAUUACAUUAUUUCAGUAUUUUCAAUAUGAAUAGAAAACUAAGCAUUAAUACAAGGUAUGCGAUUAAUGGUAUGAGGUCUUAGGUCUAAAUGAUGUUUUCAGUUGUUUGGAAAACACAAUGUUCCUUGAAAUGAUUGUUAAUACUGUAGGUAACUGAAAGUUGAUUGUAACAUUCUGGUGUGCAGAACUCAUUUAAUUCCCUUCUCUACAUCUUAAAGGGUGAAGCUGUAAACAGUAUUUACAUAGAAAUGCAAACUUAUUUGAUUACUUUUUUAAAACACUUUAAGACCGUAUAUUCUGCUUUAUAUGUAUAAAUUAAAACCUGACAAAAAUAUUGUAGCCUAUUGCCAGAUUAUAUAUUUGUGUCCGAACUGAAACAAAACCACUAAUUUUCCCGAUUUGUUUUAUUACAAUUUCUAAGUGAUUUGAGUUAAGCUUAUACAACAUCAAUAAAUUGUGUAAUUCUC